GGCGUGCCUCAGGCGGCUAGGUCACGCAGGUAGGGGGCGUGGUUACAUCGCUCACCUGGCGGGCAGGUAAAGGCGGUUUUGACCGGAACCGGAAACAGGCGAGAAACGAGAGACCCGGAAAAUACCGUAACCGACCCCGCUGUUGUUCCCCCUCCUCCCCUUCCCCAACACCGGCUGCGAGAAAAGGCAAUGUGAGAGGAGUGUAUGUGUGUGAAUUAGGCGAUGGGGAGCGGGGGGUUGGUGUUAGGAAGGAGAGGUUUUACAAGUAAAGAAAUGCCAGGACCCUAUCCUUUGCCCACCCCCCGGGGCGGCCGGGAGGAUCCCACAGUACACUUUUCACCUCCCCGUCGCAGUUUGCCAGGAAAAAAUGCCAAUGACUUACGGCAGCAGCGAAAAAGUACCAGUGAAGAUAUUAUAUUUGUAUCUGGCUCUGCUGAAACGUCCCCUGAAGAGUCACAAUGCUGUCCCCAACUUUACAGUGCUUGGACUACAUACAAAAGUGUUUUGUGUUAUAUAUUGUCCUGCAGCCGCUGUUCACAGAAGGAUCCUGAGGAAUACACCCCCUGCACUGUGGAAAUUUCAGAGGGUGGCUCUCACAAUGGUCACCCCGCAGGUAGUCCACCUCAGCGGCGUGAUGGUGAAAGAAAUAAAAAGGUAGGUCUGGGUAACAGUUUCAGUUACCCAGACCUUAAACUCAAGGGGGUACCUGUGUUCAACAAGGCCUGCACUACUACUACAGACAUUGAGGCUUCUAAAGAUCCACCUGCCCCACCUCCAGUACCCCGCAACUCAGCAGGGGAAGACUAUUUGCCACGAGACUCUGAUCCUGAUCUCUCCCGAUGGAGUGGCUCUAUGUCCAGUCAAGAGAUAGAUGUGCUAAUCUGGCAAAAGCUGACUGAGCUGUUUAGUUUCCAUCAAAUUGAUGAGCUGGCACGGUGCACUUCUGAAACAGUCUUUCUCGAGAAGAGUAGUCAAAUUACAGAGCUAAUAAGCAGCCUAACGCAGGACUACCAGUUGGAGGAACAGGAUGCUGAAUGCCGACUUGUUCGAGGUAUUAUCCGUAUAAGCACCCGCAAGACUCGGACACGAAAAAGUAAUUCUCGUGGAGGGCAGCAACAAAACAGUCGGAGUGGUGGCAAGGCACCAGACAGUGGAAAUGAAUCCAUGCAGGAGUCUGGACUUACCAGCCAAGAUGAUUUGGAUGUGAAGAUUUCAGAAGAAACCAGCUACGACGUUCUAGCACGGAACAUGAGAAAAUACAGUUCCCCAGGUUCUUCUUUCCUGAAGGAUGAUUCAUUGCAGGACACAGAGACAGAUUCCUCAGGGACACCAUUGCUGAAAGUCUCCUGUUGAUCAUUUGCAAAGAGGGAAAAAAAAUCUACAGUUGAGUUGGAUGCAACUUGCUCUUGAUACCAGGAUGCUGCUGUCAUUUACUUAUAGUGCACCUUGGCAGGCAAUGACUGUGUGAUCCUUUUAAUAACGCAGGAUUACCUUUUGCUCUGAACCUGCUACCUUCACUUUUGAGCUUCAGAUUGUGUGGAAUGUUUUGGUUUUUUUUUGUUGGGAGCUGGUAAAAUGGUGGUUUAUUUAAAUACCAGUCUUGGAUAUUCUCUCAUUUUAAAGACACUUUGUUAUAAAAUAUCCUAAGUUUUUUUUUUUUUGGAGAUUGAGUAAGGAAAGUUUUCUGCUGCAUCUUUAUCUUUUGUAUGCUCAACCCAACUAUAUAAUUAGGAAUAU